CCAGCAGCAUCAUCAGCAGCAUGGUGGCGCGUGGGCUGUCAUCGGAGUCGGAGGGCUCCGCGGGGGCGGGCGCGGGGGCGGGGGGGGCGCGGAUCCCCGUCUUCUACGCGGGCAAGAGCAUCCUCAUCACGGGCGCCACCGGGUUCAUGGGCAAGGUGCUGAUCGAGCGUCUCCUGUCCACGUGUCCCGACGUGGGGCUGCUGUACCUGCUGAUGCGGGAGAAGAAGGACCAGCCGCCCAGCAAGAGACUCGCAGAGCUCAAGAAGUCACAGGUGUUCGACGUGCUCCGCAGCGCGCACCCGGAGCGGCUGGACAAGCUGCGCGCGCUGAGCGGGGACACGGCUCGCCCCGCGCUGGGGCUGACCCCGGACGCCGUCAGGAGCCUGCAGCAGGUGUCGAUCGUGUUCCACGUGGCGGCGACGCUGAAGUUCGACGAGGAGCUGCGCAAGGCCACGGACGAGAACCUGCGCUCCGUCACGCGCCUGCUCGAGAUCUGCGACCAGCUGCCGCAUAUCGAUGCGGUGGUGCACGUGUCGACGGCGUACUGCAUGGCGGAGCUGGCGGCGGUGGAGGAGCGCGUGUACCCGCCGCCGUGCGCGCGCGAGCAGCUCGACGCCGUCAUCGACCAGCCGGAUGAGGAGAUCCGGCAGGAGCUCACUAAGAAGUUGCUGGGAGACAAGCCCAACACGUACACGUUCACGAAGGCGAUGGCGGAGCACGCCGUGGUGCAGCACCAGGCCAAGUACCCUGUCGCCAUCUUCAGACCCACCAUCGUGAUAUCAUCAGUGCGCACACCCGUGCCGGGGUGGAUCGAGAACCUAAAUGGCCCGUCAGGCGUGAUCGUGGCGGCGGGCAAGGGGCUGCUGCACGCGUUCCGCUGCGGGCCCGACCUCAGGGCCGACCUGCUGCCCGUCGACAUCGCCAUCGACACCAUGAUUGCGGUCGCUUGGGACAUCGCCACGCAUCGCACGUCGUCAGUGCGCGUGUACAACGCGACGACGUACGACAACCCGACCACGUGGCGGCAGUUUGAGCUCAACGUGCGCCGCAACGUCGUCUCCGAGCCCUUCGACAACGCCUUUUGGUACCCCUUCGCCACCACCUUCUCCAACAAAUUCAUGCACAGACUGACAGAGUGGUCGCUGCAGACGGUGCCGCUGCACGCAGCGCAGUACAUUUGCAAAUUCUUGAAUCUCAACACACCCGUAAACCUGAUAGUGGUGAGCCAGAAGCUGAAGGCGAUGAACAGCGUGCUGGAGUUCUUCUCGAUGCGCGAGUGGCGCUUCCACAACGAGCACGUGAAGCAACUGCGCGCGCGCAUGUCUGCUCCCGACCGGGACAUCUACAACCUCGACUGCACCACCAUCGACUGGGAUGAACACUUCAAGAACUUCGUGAUCGGGACGCGACGCUACCUGCUGAAAGAAAAGGAUGAAGAUAUAGCUAAAGCUAAAAAACAUAUUAAAAAAAUGUACAUUCUACACACCGGAGCCAAAAUGCUACUCCUCCUCUUCUUCACGCGCAUGUUGCUGCAGAAGUCAGAAGUAGCGCGAACCUUCAUCUACGGAACCCUCAGAAUGUUGCUGUCCCUAACUAGCGCCAUCUACCAACGAGUGUUUACAUCGACUCAAAUCUGUCACAACCAUUACCUACUCUGUGUUCAAAAUACUAAUACUUCAAAACCCGCCGUAUUAUCAAACGUCAAAAAACUCAACCUCAACAAAUCGACGAAACGGCAACCUUCUACGCAUAACUUCGCCGCAACAAUCAAAGUACACCUUUUCUCUUAUCGGCAUGCCAUUCUAAACACACCGGCCGCGAUGUUCAACAAAGUGCUGCAGCGCGCGCUCAAGUUCCGGCUGAGGAAGAGCUACCCGACCAACAUCUACGACCUGUCGCGGGGUUCGACGGUGGCGGUGCGGCGCGCCUACAGCGACGAGGUGCGGCGCGCGCGCGAGGCCGCCCCGGCCGGGCCCACCGUGUUCGACAAGAUCCUGGCCAAGGAGAUCAGGGCUGACGUCAUCUACGAGGACGCGCGCUGCCUCGCCUUCAACGACGCCGCCCCGCAGGCUCCUGUCCACUUCCUCGUCAUCCCCAAGAAGAGGAUCCCGCGGCUCGAGGACGCAGAGGAUGCAGACAACGAGCUGCUCGGUCACCUGAUGUGCGUGGCGCGUCGGCUGGGGGCGGCGCGGGCGCCGGGCGGCUGGCGGCUCGUGGUCAACAACGGGCGGGACGGCGCGCAGAGCGUGUACCACCUGCACCUGCAUGUCCUCGGGGGACGGCAGAUGGGCUGGCCCCCAGGGUAAUGUGGGGGUAUAAUAUGGAGGGAUGGACGUUGGGAGAUAUUCAAUGUUAAUACACUACAGUAACAGUGCUGUAAUGAUAAUAAUAUUAGGCUCAAUGUCACCAUAGUCGGUUAGAUCGUAGCUCAUCUCACUCAUAUUGGUUCAU